AUGCGUGAGGCAAUUUGCAUUCACAUCGGCCAAGGAGGUGUGCAGAUCGGCAAUGCUUGCUGGGAACUUUUCUGCUUGGAGCAUGGCAUCCAACCAGAUGGUCAGAUGCCGUCUGACAAGACAAUCGGUGGUGGAGACGAUGCUUUCAACACGUUCUUCUCUGAGACUGGCGCCGGAAAACACGUUCCUCGAUGCGUCAUGGUAGAUCUUGAGCCAACGGUGGUGGACGAAGUUCGCACUGGCACCUAUCGCCAGCUCUUCCAUCCUGAGCAAUUGAUCUCGGGCAAAGAGGAUGCAGCCAAUAAUUUCGCCCGAGGACAUUACACCAUUGGCAAGGAGAUCGUGGACCUGGUCUUGGACAGGAUUCGCAAAUUGGCUGAUAACUGCACUGGAUUGCAGGGCUUUUGUGUGUACAACGCUUGCGGCGGUGGCACCGGAUCUGGCUUGGGCUGCCUGAUGUUAGAACGUCUGAGUGUAGAUUACGGCAAGAAGAGCAAGAUCUCGUUCACGGUGUGGUGCUGCCCACAAGUGGCCACAGCUGUGGUGGAACCCUACAACACUGUCCUGUGUGUCCAUUCCCUCUUGGAGCACACUGACGUGACCAUCAUGUACGACAACGAAGCACUCUACGAUAUUUGCCGCAGGAACUUGGAUAUUGAGCGUCCAACCUACACCAACCUGAACAGGUUGAUUGCCCAGAUCAUUUCAUCAUUGACAGCUUCGCUGCGCUUUGAUGGUGCACUCAACGUUGACAUCACCGAGUUCCAGACGAAUUUGGUCCCAUAUCCGCGCAUCCACUUCAUGUUGACCUCCUAUGCUCCGGUCAUCUCUGCGGAGAAGGCCUAUCAUGAGCAGCUCUCUGUGGCAGAGAUCACCAUGUCUGUCUUUGAGCCAGCUUCCAUGAUGGUGAAGUGCGAUCCUCGCCAUGGCAAAUACAUGGCCUGCUGCAUGAUGUAUCGUGGCGAUGUGGUGCCGAAGGACGUGAAUGCAGCAGUUGCCACGAUCAAGACCAAGCGCACCAUUCAAUUCGUGGAUUGGUGCCCCACUGGCUUCAAGUGCGGCAUCAACUAUCAGCCACCUACUGUGGUUCCUGGAGGAGACUUGGCGAAAGUCAUGCGUGCCUGCUGUAUGAUCUCCAAUUCCACAGCCAUUGCAGAGGUCUUCUCUCGCAUUGACCACAAGUUUGACUUGAUGUACUCGAAGCGUGCUUUUGUCCACCACUAUGUGGGUGAGGGCAUGGAAGAGGGCGAGUUCUCUGAAGCUCGUGAAGACCUUGCUGCUUUGGAGAAGGAUUACGAAGAGGUCGGCAUCGAAACAGCAGAAGGCGAGGGCGAGGAGGAAGGCUAUGGAGACGAAUUCUAA